ACAUUGGUGGGGUCCUUGAAAGAGGUUAGGGGGGUUUGUAGUCCGGUAGCGCUGACGAGUGUGCCCGACCGUCUGACAGGGAGGUAGUGUCAGCAAAGAAAUAACACAAGCACAGAACAAAAUGGCUUCCAUGUUGCUGAACUCGAUGCGGAGCUGCUCUGUCAGCCCUUCCUGGGCGGUGCGAUUUGGGGCACGCUCUCUCAGUACGACGGCCCAGCUUCAGGCUCAGGUUCAGACAAAGAGCAAGAAGACGCUGGCUCGGCCUGGUGUGAAGAACAUAGUACUGGUGGAGGGAGUUCGAACCCCUUUCCUCAUGUCUGGAACCACAUAUGCUGACCUAAUGCCCCAUGACCUGGCCAGAGCAGCUCUGCAGGGUCUGCUGAGCAGGACGGGUAUACCCAAAGACGCUGUAGACUACAUCAUCUAUGGAACAGUCAUUCAGGAGGUCAAAACCAGCAAUGUAGCAAGAGAGGCAGCGCUGGGUGCAGGCUUCUCUGACAAGAUCCCGGCUCACACCGUCACCAUGGCUUGCAUCUCUUCCAACCAGGCAAUGACCUCAGCUGUUGGUCUGAUUGCUGCAGGCCAGUGUGACAGUGUUGUUGCUGGCGGGGUGGAGUUCAUGUCCGAUGUUCCUAUCCGCCACAGCCGUAAGAUGAGGAAGACCAUGCUGUCCCUCAACAAAGCAAAGACCCUUGGCCAGAGGCUCAGCCUGAUUGGCAGCAUCCGGCUGGCACACCUCUCCCCGGAGCUUCCGGCCGUGGCUGAGUUCUCCACAGCUGAAACGAUGGGCCACAGUGCUGAUCGUCUGGCUGCUGCGUUCGGGGUCUCCAGAGUGGAGCAGGAUGAGUUCGCUCUGCGAUCGCACACUCUCGCUAAAAAGGCCCAGGAUGAUGGUCUGCUGCAGGAUGUCAUCUCCUUCAAGGUGCCAGGUCGUGAUAUUGUUUCCACUGACAAUGGCAUCCGUCCAUCCUCCAUGCAGCAAAUGGCCAAACUGAAGCCCGCCUUCAUUAAACCUCAUGGCACAGUCACCGCUGCCAACUCCUCCUUCCUGACUGAUGGUGCCUCUGCUGUGCUUAUCAUGUCUGAAGAGAAAGCUUUGGCCAUGGGUUACAAGCCCAAAGCCUACCUCAGAGACUUUGUCUACGUGUCCCAGGACCCCAAAGAUCAGCUGCUUUUGGGGCCAACGUACGGUACACCCAAAGUCCUGGAACGGGCCGGCUUGUCCAUGAGUGACAUCGAUGUCUUUGAGUUCCACGAGGCAUUUGCAGGCCAGAUAAUGGCCAACCUGAAGGCUAUGGACUCAGAUUGGUUCGCCCAGACGUACUUGGGAAGGAAAUCAAAGGUGGGGACUCCUCCCAUGGAGAAGUUCAACCAGUGGGGAGGCUCUCUGUCUUUGGGUCAUCCGUUUGGUGCCACUGGCUGCAGGCUGGUAACCACAGUGGCGCACCGGCUGCAGAAGGAGGGAGGACAGUACGGACUGGUGGCGGCUUGUGCCGCUGGAGGACAGGGUCAUGCCAUGGUGAUCGAGGCCUACCCCCAGUAAAGCACCUGAGGCAUCAUCCGCCAACCCGGUCCUCAGGUUCAUCACGAUGGCUACACACGCUAACAUCCAGACAACAGAGUGUACAUACUAGCACCACUUUGCCUUGAUCAGAGAGGAGUCAGAAACAAUUUGUGAGUGUGUCUGUGUGUAUGUGAGGAAGCUUGUGUAAAUUAAACUUUGCUUUUGAGGCUGUUAAAUUAAAGCAGAGGAAUUUUGCCUUUGAUUUUUGUGGACUUCGGGGUGCAUCAUGUCAGCAUUGUCACCGAGUCGAAUGUAACAUAGCAAAGUUUAAGCACUCAGAGGAGCCACAGUGCUAAUGUUUAUAUACGCUGUGAUAUGUUGUUUUUUUUUCUUAUGAACUGUAGAAAUUAAAUGAUAUGAUGAUGAUGAUAACCACA